AAAACAGCUGUGGUGAGCUAAAGCUAGUUAGCAUUGAGUGUGUUUGUGUCAGCGAUUCGAGUCGUUGUUUGAACCUCAGAACCUCGUCCAUCUUAAACCAGGAGUGACCGACGUGUUGUCUGUCAACUCUUCGAACGAUGAAGUUUCAAUACAAAGAGGAGCAUCCCUUCGAGAAGAGGCGGUCCGAGGGCGAGAAAAUAAGAAAGAAGUACCCGGACAGGGUUCCAGUUAUUGUGGAAAAGGCUCCUAAAGCGAGAAUAGGAGAUCUGGAUAAGAAGAAGUACCUUGUCCCCUCCGACCUGACAGUGGGCCAGUUUUACUUCCUAAUCCGGAAAAGAAUCCACUUGCGAGCUGAGGAUGCUCUCUUCUUCUUUGUAAACAAUGUCAUUCCACCCACCUCAGCUACCAUGGGCCUGUUGUACCAGGAGCAUCACGAAGAGGACUUUUUCCUCUACAUUGCCUACAGUGAUGAGAGUGUGUAUGGGAGCAGCCAAAGGGAAAUCUGAUCUCCUUCUACCACCUCCCAUAUUUCUGAGUCCUCCAUUAUUCAUUCAUUUAAAUAUUAAAUCCAGCUCUGCAGCCUAGACUUCCCAGAGUAAACAUGUCAAUUGCACUUUCAUCUCUACUAUACAUCACUGUGUCUCAGUGAAUUUGUCUUUAUUAUUAUGCAGUCUGAAUUGUAUUUCCUCCACUUUUCAGUAACUAUGUGGUCACUCGGCCAGUUGCUUUUCUAGUAUCAUAACUGAUUGUAGUUUAAUGGAGAAAAAGUGGGAAGGAAAGGAUCUAAUAAUCUUAGAAUAAGACUAUAAUUAUAUUUUCUCCAAGGUUAAGGGAAGACAGGGAGAAUAUCUUAAAUUGGCUCCUACAUAAAAUAAAAGUAACUAUUAACUGCCCAGUUUUCAACCUGCUUGAUGUAACUGUGUGUUUAGAGUUUAGGUUAGAACAAAUCUUCUGAUGGAGUAAAAGGAUAACUGUUUUGCAGCAGUUGUUUUCCUACAAAAAAAAAAGCCUGAAGUGGUGAGGUUGUCUUGUUUUCCUUCACCAGCCAUAAAAGUAUGGAAGAGUGUAUAAAGUAGUACCCUGCAUCUGACCUCAGUCAGGAGUAUGAAAGAAUUCAGACUACACAAUCAUUCUCUGCUUUGAGUGGUAUGACUAUUUUGUUGACUGCUUCUAUGAUUAUUGUUGUUAAUGUUCAUUUUAGAUGGCUUACUUUCUAAAGGUAUUGUAAAGCUGAGCGCAGUUUUCUUUUUUAAGUUGUUUUUUUUUUUUUAAUGAAAACACAAUUUGAUCCUGUAUACAGCUACAUGACUGGCUAUUUCUCUCUGUUCAUUACCAUACAUGAUAAAAAUGUAAUGAAAGUCAA